AAAAUAAAUAGGAAAUGCAAACAUGUUUUUAUGUGUAACUGUCAGCAUCAUCAGAUGUUGCAUAUAAAAACACAUUCUUAUGAAAUAACGUGUAGUAAUUUAAUAACUACAUUGUAAACACACGCUACUUGGGGUUUUCCACCUGGAUUGUUUACAACACAGUACAAAAACUGUUGGCAGAGAACGUACAUAUAAAAUGAGCGAGAAAAAUCAAGAAGCGAUUGGGCUCGGUGUUUAUCCAUCAGCCCCUGAAGCAUAUCAUCAGGUUGGUUAUCCGGCACCAGAAGGACAACAUUCGGAAAAAUAUCCAGCACAGAGUCCUCCACCACCCUAUGCUUCUACUAUACCACAAGGACAACAGUAUGGACAGUAUCCUCAGGGGUAUAGCCAUCCACAAGGAUAUGCACAGCCUCCACCUCCACAAGGAUACAGUCAUGCAACUGGUUACCAACCCGUUCCCCAAGGCUAUGCACAACAGGGUUAUCCUCAAACACAACAUUAUGGAAAACAACCGAUGUAUGGAGGUCAAGGACAGACUGUUGUUGUUGCACAGCCAGUGCCUUCAACCAUGAUAGUGACUACAGCCCAACCAAGACCAUCAAACUGGUUAAUACCUGCUAUCUUGGCAUGUCUUUGUUGCUUCUGGCCAACAGGAAUAUGCGCUAUAGUAGCUGCAUGUAAUUCAAACAGUGCAGCUGAUAGUGGAAACAUGCAGAGUGCUGAGCAGUCAGCUAGGACAGCCAGGAACUUGACAAUACUUACUGUUGUCCUUGGUGUAAUCGGUGUCGUCAUUAUUAUAGUGUUAAGGGUUGUGGUAUACUCAUCUACAGCCCAUGAUUACUAUAAGUGAAAAGUAAAGCAACAUUACUUGAAUCAAAGUCUAUGUUACUUUACAUAGAUCGAUGCACGUAAUAUUGCCUUUUUGUAUCAUUUAAUCUCGUACACUGUUAUUUUAUCUUUACAUUUUGUAUGUAUGAGGUGUCUAUUGACAAUUUUCGAUAACACUAUAUUGUUGUAUAAUACACAAUUUACAUUUAAAUUUGUGCAAAUAUUAUAGCUGAAUAAAGUGUUAUAAACUUU